CACCCAGGUUAAUUGUUUGGUUUUUUGGUUCCAGAAUUCGUUGGUAACCUGUACUCUCUUCAAAUCGGUGAAAUUUGUUCUUCCAUGCCAGUAAAUUAGCUAGCAGACAUUGUGUUAAUGAAUCAUAUUAAAUUUGUGUUUGUUUGAGUUGAUCUGAAUUAUCGAUUGCACAUUUCCGUAAUGACGUCAUCCCUUACAACGUCUUUCCAUGCUAGAAAUAUAAGAUAUGUCUCUCUACUAUGCAUUUUAUCGAAUAUGUUAUUCUACUAUUUUUUACAUAUGUAUUUUAGAAAUAUUAUCCAACAUGUCUUUUUGUUAAAAUUUCCAUCCAAAAAUCGUCAACCAUAGUUGAAUUGUGGUUCAGAUGACCUGACCUCGACAAAAUGAAAGGGUAAUGUCAUUUUUGCCUCUCCAUUUAUUUCUAUAUGUCUCGUUAAAGUGAAAUCAUUAGGGGUGUUGAGCUAUGCAAAUGAAACCAAAAAAUGUUAAAGUGGAAUUAUUAGGAUUUCUUUAGACAUUUGUGUCACCCAAACCAUAGUUCGAUAGUGGUUAACACCUUGACGGUUCGAUAGUGGCUUAUUGAGCAGUUGCAGCUCGCGUUUAUGCACUUAUCGCACCGAAUCCGGAUCGAUUUGGUUCGACACAAUGAUUGGACCGCGGGUUAACAAUCAUGAUGAUGAUUAUACCUUACCAAGAUUUAUUAUUGAUACUUAACUAUCAUUAAUUAUUUGAAACGACUAAAUCUGGGUCGUACUCAUAGCCCAUUUUAGAGCUUCAAAGAAUAUAACAAAGUAAGAAAGGGUUCAUAUGUAAAUAUAGAACAUCAAAGCCAAAAGCUAAAUAGUUAUCCAUCAACGGCAUUUUUAUGAAUAGCAUGAGUCCUUUUCACUUCUGAAGUUUACCUGAUUUACUGAAUCAGGGCAGAUCCAGCCACAUCCCAUCUAACAGACGACUUCCAGGCGAGAGAGAGAGUGGCCGAGGCCCUCUACUGCAGGGCACAGGACCAAUAAUUCCUGCGGUGCAAAAGUCAGUCUGUCAGAUGAAAUUUUGAAAAAUGCUUCGAGGAUGGGUUGGGGAUGCAGGCAGAGAGGAGAGAUUACCACCCAAGUUGUAUUUGUACUAUAUAAUAAUCAUGGUUUUUUUUUUUAAUAUUAUACGAGAUAAGUUAGCGAAAUGGUUUUAUUACUAUGAUUUAGCGGCACAAAGUCGAUCUGUACGAAGUUUUCAUAAUACUUGGAUACCACCCCCGACCGACCUAAUUAGUCAUAAAUAGUUCUUGUUAUAAAUCGGUCUCAAUAACUUGAGUUGUGGAGAGAUGUCUGCGUAUAGAUAUUACCAACUUGCUACAUGGCCCCUCAAACGAAAGUCAACUCAUCAUAAGGUUGAAAUUUGUAUAUGUCCAUCGUCUUGCCAUGUGCUUUAAGACAACGAUGUAUAUUGCAGGUAGUGGUGGCAAUUCGGUUAUAACCACCCUCCAUACCGAAAACCGACCAAAAUAGGCUUCGGUUUCUCGGUUAUCGGUUAACCGAACCACUUUUAAGACCAAAAACCAUUGCAUCUAGCUUCCGAUAACCGACCGAAGUUCGAUUAUUUCAAUUACCGGUUAGUGGAUAACCGGCCGGUUAACCGGUAACCGAACGACCACCCCUAAUUGCAUGUCACGAGGACAUGAGCACGUAACUUUUAGGACAAAUCAGUUAUGAUAUCAUGUAAUAAGCUGAUUGGUAUGAAUAGUUUGAAUUGUUGAAAGAGAUGUAUGUACGAAUUUUAACCAUUUUUUUUGUUUUGUUUACAAUUCUAUAUACUAGCCUGCCAGUUGGUACGAUGAGGUAAGUAUGAUCAUUCCAUAUGACAAUAGUAGAGACACAUGCAUACUGAGAGAAGAAGGCAGACGCUGCCUGCCUGCCUUACUGGAGCAAUGGGGCCAAUGUUUUGUCAAAACAAUAAACAAUAAGACAGCUCCCGGAUGGUAGUUUCUGAGUUUCUGCAGCAGGAGGAGAUGGAGGUGUUGUGGGAUCAGUGACCACAGCGUCUCUAGAUAGAGCACUAGAGUUAUUAUUAUUUCAAUUAUUUUGCACCAAUAAUGACUUCUCAGUUCUCUCUUCCCCUCUGUUUCCUCCAAUGAUAUCUUCCUUUCUCUCCAAUGUUGGUGUUAAACCUGCAUCUCCCAUGAAAAGUACUACUUCGUGGUGCAUUCACUGCCAAUGUUGAGAGUCACCACAGUUACUCGACCAAGGUUAACCAUGGCCGGCAGUUAAAAUUCACAAUGUCACGUUUACAACGAAUCACGAUCACUUUUCAUCUACUGAAAUGUCUUUAAACUACAUUCAUCAUUUAUGCUAUAAAGCAAAAUCUUUUUCGAUAUACACAACUAAACAAGCAUUCAUAAAUUGUUCACUCAACCGAUUUCGAAGAUCGUUCUUGAUUAUCUCCAUAGCUGGAAUUGCUCUCUCGCAGCUUGCAAUUGCAGCAGAUAAUGUCAACACCAACUUCAAGAGCAAGUAAACUAAAGGAUGAUAAAUAUCCUUUCCCUUUUCCACCAUUUUCCUAGCUAGCUAGCUCAUCGAUUUCUCGCAAUCCAUCAAAGCUCCUUUUUUUUUCCUUUACUUUAGAUGAAUAAAUUUUUUAUGUUGAUUAUUGUUAAUUACUACUUAAGAUGAAUAAAUUUAUAACAAUAAAAUUCUUAUAAUUAUUAGAGGUGUGCCGAAAGUCUCGGGUUAAAUUUUUUUUUACCAAAAAAAUAAUAGCUCCUUCAUAAAAUUUUCGGGCGAAGGUGUGUCGAACAACACACCUCGCCAAGUUUUAGGUCCGCCCUUGACUGGAAACUCAAACAACUCACACAUUCGCUAUUAUCAAGAUGGUUCGGUGGUCCAUCAUUUUAUUUUUUAUACAAAAUUGUCCACUAGUAUAUUAAAUUGUCAGUGAAGUUUAAUCAUUUGAAUGAAUCAUUUGGUAUCAAAUGGCAAGUUUGCUGACAAAAAAUUGCAUGAGUCAUUUGACUUGUAAAAAAAUCCAAAAUGACUCUAUUGAGUAUUGAGUCAUUUCCAAAUGCCUCGUAUAUGUGAAUCAUUCCAAAUAAGUCAUUAUUUUAGCUCAAUCUUUCCAAUUAUGUCAUUGCCAUUUUUUUUCCAUAAACCCACUUUUAUCAUUGUCUUUCUAUUACUUAUCCCCCUAUCAUUCUUUCGUCUAUCACAAAAAAUAAAAAAAUCUUAACCAAAUUUCACAAGUGGCAAGAAGGACCAUCCAUCUUAUCGUGUCCAGUAUUUUCUAGUGACUCUUCUCCUCGUGUCGUCGGCGUUUCCGUCUUCAAGAAUGAAUCGUAAUUAGCCUGAAUGUGAGACUUUUGGAGCCAUUACCUUUUACAAAGAAAUUUAACAUAAAAAAGUUUUUUAAAAUUACAAAGUAUUAUACAUGACUCGUAAUCAUAUGUAUUGUUGGUUGUAAAAUGAUUUUUUUACGUGAUUGGUUUUAUGAAGAUAGAAAACAAGAUAUGAAUAUUAAAUGUAAGGGGAAAAUGGUAACAUUAUACAAAUGACCCGUUUAAGAAUGACUCAUCUAAAAAUUGUUAAACAAACAAUACGUUUGCCAAUGUGUACAUUUGAGCAAAAGACUCAUUUUGUAAAUGACUCGUAUAAAAAAUAAAUUUUAGGUACCAAAUUUUAAAAUAUUAAAAUUAUAGGUAAUAAAUCAGAAUUUAUCAUUUGGAUCCAUGGAUCAAUCAAUGAAUCCACCAAUCGAAUUGGAUUUGGAUAAAAUAGAUUGGAUUUAAAUGGAUUGCAUUAGUUGGAUAUUAAAGUGGAUGGAUUGUAUUGGUGGAUUGGAUUGAGAAUUGCAACCUCUACUGCCUAGUGCAACCGCUGCAUGUAGCUCACCACUGCCUUUUUUAUGCGUAAAUACAAGUUAUUAGCCAAACUUUUCAAAUUAUUAGCCAAACUUUUCGGAAUACAAAAUAUUAGUAAAAUGUUAACUUCCGUUAGCAUUUUGGUUAGUAUAUUGACUUGGCAACAUGAUAAAGAUUUAGAAGAGACACAUAAAGGUCAACAUUCUAAAAUUUUAGUAUUUUAACUAAGAAAUGAGUUACAAAAUUACUAAGGAUAACAGAUAAAUGACUUAUAUUUUAUAUUUUGAUACUUUAAAAAAAUUUGACUAAAAUUUUGUUAAUUAAUUUAAUUGAAAAGUUUGAAAAUUUUCACUAUUUAUUUUUUCAUUGAACACUUUUUUUUCUAGUGGCAGACCCACCUCAUUUUUUACCUACUGCCAAAUCAGGACAGUUUUUCCCCUUUUGCCUCCUAUUUGCCAUUUUAUCCUUGGUAAUAUGUGUGAGUUGAAGGGAUUUGGUUGGCCAAAAGACUUUUAUGACCUUUUAGACUGUGGACUCUGGACAACCUUAAGAGUGAUUCCAACGGUUGGAUGGGUGAACGUGUUCAUCAAUGCAAAAAUAGAUUACAUUGAUGCCUAAAUUUGGUAUUCAAGUAUUAAAAUAAGCGAAGACGAAGGAUUUCUCUCUCGUCUAGCGAGAGUUUCGGAGCUAGGGUUCCGAUGGUCGUCUUAGGUUUUCUUUCAAUCCGGUGGGAUUGACGGCACUCUUGCAUCAUAGUAAUUAUCUUGAGCUCUCUCUAUAAGUGUAGAACCUUUUCCUGCCUCCUGCAGUAAAGGAUCUUGAGGGAGAGUUUCCUAGGGGUUAAGCUAAACCUUCUGGGGUCUCGUUUUCUUUUCUUUUCGGCUUUGAAACCCUAGCCUGCCUCAAGGGGCUUAGGGUAAGGGUGUGAUUUGUUUUACUUUUGAUAGUUCUUUUUCUUUUCCUGGGAUGAGCGAUGGAAAAAGUAAACCCUAGUCCUGAUAACCCUGCCUACGCACCAGAAGGGGAGAGUAGUGCAACAAAAGAAAUCACAACCGAUACACACGGACAUGAAAGUUUGGCAAGGAUCCUUCAAGAUAAGAUACAACAGAUUAAGCUCUCAGCUCUUGUUCACGGGAUAAGUCUUUUAGGACUGAAUGGCAGAAUCGUCUCUCCCAAGAAACCGAACCUGAAAUCAAUGAAAAUAACAUGGUCAAAGGCGUGGAAUCUGCAGCAGAAUUUUUAAAUAUCAGAAUCGGGGGACCAACUCUAUGGUUUCCAGUUCAUGAACAGAAGCGAUCGCGAUAAAGUCCUACAUGGAGGACCCUGGCAUUUUGAGAAUAGUCUGAUUGUUUUUAAACAAGCUGAGCCUUUUCAACAGCCAAAAGCAGAGGAGUUCCAUACAAUGGAGAUUUGGAUGCAGAUUUACAAUUUACCAGCAGCCUUGCGCACUAAUGAGAUGAUCCAAAAGAUUGGAGCAAGGUUUGGAACUCUUAUUUGGGUGGAUAGCAGAAAGGAAUGUGAUAGGAAUGAGGUACUACGCCUAAGGGUGGGCAAGGAUAUCCAUACUCCUCUUAAGAUGGAACUGAAACUUAACCUCAAAGGUGCAAUACAGUCUUAUGAAGUGAAGUACGAGAAGCUCCCUAUGUAUUGCUACUCCUGUGGAUUAGUGGAGCGCCCUAAACUCUACUGCCCCAAUCCUUCAUCAACCGGACAGGAUUUGGUGGGUCCAGAACUAAGGGUGGAUCUAUCAAAACCUAAAACUUGGCAAAGCAAGUUGGAAAGGGAAGAAUCAGGGGACAUGUGGCAGUCCUUACGGGCUAAGUUUGAUAGGGAAGAGGUGACAGCAAGAAUGCAAUUAGAGGAAGUUGAAUAUAACAAGAAAAGACAUGAUGAUAGCAUAGAUGAGGCUCAACGCAGGAUUUUGGUGGAAAAAGCAAUGAUAGAGCUGGCUAAAGGAAAACCAAGGAAGAAAGAUAAAGGGGGUUUUGAAAAGGAACAGUGGAAAGGCUCUGCGGAAGAAAUCUGGGUCUCCAGAUAUGGUCACAGGGAAGAAGAGAGUACCUUGGCAGUCUCGAAAGUGGGAGAGGUGGAAGAUAGCUCAUAAAUACAAGAACACUCUCAGGGACAACGUCAAUUGCAGGGGGUCUCCAAUCUUGUCUUCGAUCCUGGGUGCCUGUCACACAAGGACAUGGCAGAUAAGAAACAAACUCUCUGGAAAUGUCAAAGUAGGGAAGGUACCAAACAACAGCAGACAACACAAAUCAUUUUAACCCCCCAGAAGAGAGAAUUAGAGUCUACUUCAGAUGAAGCUAAUGAAUCCCCUAGUAAGAAACACAAGGCAACAAGCACUAUGAAAGAUUUGGAUGGCGAAGUGGCAGACCCUACAAAGCAGCAGGGCUGCCUAGCCCAAUAAAUGUCCUAAGUUAUAAUUGCCAGGGGUUGGGGAAUCCCCUGGAAAUUAGGAAAGUGGGGCAGUUGCUCCAGAGACAAAACCCCAAGAUUGCUUUCCUCAUGGAAACAAAAAAGAAAGAGAAGGAAUGGGAGGAAGUAAUCAAGGAACUUGGAUGGGAGAAAGGAAGAGGAGUAGGUUCAAUAGGAAGGGCAGGAGGCUUAUUGAUGGUCUGGCAAAAUGAGAUGGAUGUGGUAGUCAAAACUAAAUCAACAAACCAUAUCGAUGUUUUGGUUAACGAUGGUGGCAUUCAAUGGCGAUUGACAGGAAUCUAUGGAUGGCCAGAGCAGGAUGCAAAGCAUAAAACUUGUACGCUCCUCAGACAAAUAAAGGAUAUGACUGAUCUACCCUAGCUUGUUUGUGGAGACUUUAAUCUCAUUUAGAGUUAUAAAGAGAAGAAUGGGCUGAACCGGGAAAAUGUACAAGAAAUGGAUAUGUUUAAUGAUGCUUUGGAAGAUUGUGAGCUGGAGGACCUGGGGUACUAUGGUAAGACCUUUACUUGGGACAACAACCAUUCAGAUGAUACUUCUCUAGAAGAACGCCUUGACAGAAUGGUAGCUACUAGCUCAAGGAAAUCUAUCUACCCACACGCGAGAGUCCACCAUCUCAGAAGAUGUGGCUCAGAUCACUCACCCAUUUUCCUCAAAACUCAAUUGGUGAAUAAUGAUGUAAGAUGGGGGGUGGAACUUUCGUUUUGAGCCAUUCUGGCAGAAGCAUGCUGAAUGUAAGGAAAUCAUUGCAGAAGGAUGGAAUGAGAGAAGUGAACUAACAAUCAUGGACAAGAUCACCAACUGUGAAACCAAACUACUUCAAUGGAGCAAAUUGGCUUUUGGGGAUCUCAAAGAAAGGAAGAAAAAAGCAGAAAAUGCUCUGGUUGUGUUGGAGAAAAGGAAAAUGAAUGGUGCUGUAGUGUUACAGAGAAAAGCGAUAGAGAAAAAACUGAAUGAGAUUCUUAUGCAGGAAGAAAUGAUGUGGAAACAGCGUUCUAGAGUUGACUGGUUACAAGGAGGAGACAAAAAUACGAAUUACUUCCAUAGGAAGGCCUCGGACAGAAGAAACAGAAACACGAUUAGAAGAUUAGUGGAUGAAAAUGGAGGAAUAAGGGAGGGGCAGAGUGAGGUGGCAGCAUGUUUAACUAACCACUUUAAACAUCUUUUCUCUGCAGGUACCAGCGUUCCUAUCAGUUCUAUUCUAGAAGCUGUCCCUAGCAGGGUCACAGAGAAGAUGAAUGUGGAUUUGCUAAAACCCUUCACGACGGAAGAGAUAUGGAAAGCUUUGAGGAAGAUGGGACCUCACAAAUCCCAGGAGUGGAUGGCAUGUCCGCCUUCUUUUUUCAAAAGAAUUGGGACAUUGUGGGACAGGACGUGACGAAUGAACUUCAACAAUACUUUAACACAGGUUCUUUCCCGCAGACUCUGAAUCACACUCUACUGGUUCUAAUCCCUAAGAAGAAAAAGGUUGAGUCACCAGUUGACUUCAGGCCAAUUAGUCUGUGUCGAGUGCUUUAUAAAAUCCUGGCAAAAGU